CUUGCAGUUGAAUAUAUUACACAACUGAGACUCUAUUAUACUCCACCAUGAAUACCACGGGCGGAUAUACAGACGAGGCGGCGAUUGAGACGCACGACCUCAUUCACGAUGCCGAGCUUGAGGAGCAACGCUCUCAUGGCGACCAUGCAUUGACCCAGCCCGAUAUGGGCGAGGAGCCUCUCGAGGCAACAAAACAAACCGAGACUGGACAACAGAAACAGGGUCGCCAUUCAACGAUGGACAAGGUUAAGGAGGCGCUGCAUUUUAAGAAAUAAAGAAAUGAAAAUAAAGUAAAAUUUAAAGAGAGAAAGGAGGAAAAAAAUUGAGGAUUGACUUGAUUCUGCCCAAAGCCGGAAAGUGGGAAACAAAACGACACAAAAAAGGGCACCGGCUAUGUCUUACUUGUUCAUUAGUUCUAGUACCGUAAUAUGACUGACUUCUCCACA